AUGGCAUCAGAACUGCCAUACGAAGUUGUAUGCCUUAUCGCAUCUCAUGUUGAAAAAGAUUACCAACUUAUCGGAGCCUUGGUCUGCAAACGGUGGACAGAACCAUUCCUAAACGCAUACUGGUAUUCCUUUACUAUCCACAAAGGAAUAGCAGAUCGCAUUUGCGAUAAAGCCUACCGGUACAACAUAUAUUUAAAUAACGUGCAUAGAGUGUAUGAGCUUAAAUGUUUUGAUCAAUUGAUUUUUGAUAUGGAAUAUCGUUCAAAACUGCCGCAAAUUUACCUUGGGAUAAGACGCUUUGUUUACCUUGAACAAUAUGAACCCCACAGUAUUGCAGAAAAAAUUGAUUGGGGCACCUGGAAUUUUCUGUCGCAUCUGGAAAUACAGUUUUUGUCUUUUAAGCCUUUUGUAUUGAAAGAUCUUAUCACGAGCUUAUCAGAAUCACCGUUUCUUUAUCAUCUCACACUGAUACAACGUCUCAAAAUGAAGAAUUGUGCGUCAAUGAACGAUAUUUCGUGGGUUGACAUCGAAUCGAUCCACCUUAACUUACGGCGACUGGAAGUCCUGCACAUUGAUUUUGAGCACAUUCGGAUAUCAAAUGGCGACAUGAAUAAAAUAAGAUGCGUUUCCCCAGCCCAAACUGUCACAACACUGAUUUGUAAUAGCAAUAGUGUUGACACCCAUUGGGUAUUUUACUUUGCACUCAAGUACCCGUAUCUACACACAUUAGAAUUGAAAGACUAUAAAGUAAACACUGAAACACACGCCGCUUACGACGAAGCAACAGAAGAAGAAAAUAUCCAAUUGCUAUCAACACUUGACCAAUUCUUUCCUCACUUAAAAAAUAUAAGUCAACGCACAAGAUCUGGUCCCAGACUUCACUUCUCUACGUUCUUCAAAUCUCUUCGAAAUUUCGGCACACAAGUAGAAAGAGCUAAAGUUUCGGUCUCUCUUCACUGCUCGAAACCAAUAGGCAUUCUCAACAGCUACUUUAACUUUAGUUCAGACACAUUGAGCGUUUUAUGGGUAGACUUAGUUUAUUAUAUGUAUAAGGAACCGGUUACGACCCUGUUACCUUCCUAUCCAUAUCUAGCCGAGUUACACAUCGCAGCCACUUGUACGAUUGAAAUCGACGUUAUGCUAGAUAAAUGCCCAUCAUUGCGAUUACUUGAUAUAGAAUCAGCCUAUGUAUACCUCUCCAACCAGCCAGACAACAGCCACAACACACACCCUCUGCAAAGACUGGAGCUAAAGAAUAUCGAGACGAGUACACAAGUUUUCAAACAUAUAUCCUUCCGUUGUAGAAAGUUUCUAUUCAUGAAGUUGAUACACGUUAAAUUUAAGGCAUCUGAAUUCACGGAAAACAGCGAAAUCUUACUUGACAUGCGCUACACCCAGUUGGACUUCCUUGUAAUCCGUAGUACCAAAACAACUCAUUCUUUAAUAAAACAUUAUGUUAUUAAGCAAGACAAUAAUAGUGAUGCUAAUCAAUUAAAUUUGACGACCCAUGAACAAUCUAUGUUAUUGAACUGGUAUUAUAUAUGCUUGACCGAAAAAGAAGAGGUAGACGAGGCAGAAGUAGCAGACAAGACAACAAGAUCAUUUGCGUGGGAGCUUGGGAAACGUGAAGUUGAAUAUGCUCAAAGAUUUUUUGAUGACGCUUUGAGCCCUGGCGAUGAUAAUAGGCAAUUUAUGGAUAACGGCGCCAUGUUCGACCGUUAUAGCCCAAAGGAAUGCUGGAAAUUAGAUCUUCACAGUGGUGUCUUUGUUAUUCAAUUUAAAUCUGUUAAAAACUAUCGUCUUGAUAAAGAAGAAUUGAGUAGAAGUAAUUGUAAGAAUACAAGGGAUUACAGUGACUGCUUGGACACAUAGCCAUAGUAUAAUAUACAUGUAUAUAUUUAUUAUGUAUAGAUAUAUUUUUUGAGAAUCUAAAACAGCAUAAAAUGAAAUAAAAUAAAAUUUCUUUUAUUCUACUUUUAU